AUGUACUCUCCCAAAGUAGGCGAUAGCAUCGACUCGCUCGACACGCCCUCCAUGAUCGUCGACCUCGACGUCAUGGAGGCCAACAUCAAGAAACUCAUGGACCGACUACUUCCAACUGGACGCAAUAUUCGACCCCAUCUUAAGACGAGUAAGAGCGCUAUCGUGGCAAAGAAGCUUGUGGCUGCUGGUGCUAAGGGCGGGUGUGUCGCUAAGCUGAGUGAGGCUGAGGCAAUUGCUGCUGCUGGGUUCACAGACCUUCUCAUCACUUCUAAAGUCAAGAGACUUGUCGAGUUGUUCAGAAAGCAUCGAGAGAUCAGAAUUGUGGUGGACGACCAGAGAGCUGCGACAGCUAUCAACUACGCGCUGGAGAAGUCAGGAAUUGAGGACCCCAUCUCGGUGUUGAUAGACUUGGAUGUCGGGCUGCACCGCACAGGGACUCAGCCCGAAGGAGCUCUACCACUAGCGAAACAUAUCAGUACUCUGAAGCACAUGCGACUCAUUGGAGUGCAAGGCUAUGAGGGUCAUCUGCAACAUCUUCCCGACUUUGAAGACCGCAAGAAACAAUGCCUUGAAUCAAUGAAGAUUCUCACCGAUACUGCCCGAGCACUCAAGAAUGAGGGCUUCAACAUCGAAGUCGUGACAACAGGUGGAACAGGCACAGCUGAUUUCUGCGCAACUGUACCUGGCGUGACGGAACUCCAGCCUGGCUCUUUCAUCUUCAUGGACACCGACUACCGCAACGCCAUUGGAACAUACUACUCCCACAGCCUAUCCUUCCUCGCAACAGUCGUCAGCAAGCAAGGAGAGCGACAGGUCACAAUUGACACUGGGCUCAAGUCUUUGACGACGGAUAGUGGCCUUGCUGAAUGUAAGGAUCAAAGAUAUAGCUAUUUCCAACUCGGCGAUGAGCACGGAGCUUUGACUUGGGAGGAGGGUACACCAGCACUUGAUGUUGGUGACAGAGUUGAGAUGAUUCCAAGUCAUAUUGACCCAACCGUCAAUCUUCAUGACUUUUACUAUGCUUAUCGGAAUGGGAUCAUUGAGGAGAUCUGGCCGGUUGACUCGAGAGGAAAGGUCCAAUAA